AUGGACCAUAAUGAAGAUAUUGUUCGUAAAACUUUAACAUAUAAAGAUAGAAGAAAUGAUAAUGAUGCAGUUAUUUGUUUUUUUUGUGUAGAACCAAUAAAUGGUGAUCCUUAUAUUAAAUGUAAAGAAUGCACAAAAAAAGAUGUUAAUAUCUGUGUAACGUGUUUUCAAUUAGGAUCAGAAAACAAAGAACAUAAAAGGGGGCAUAAUUAUUGUAUAAUUGAUGAUAGCGGUCCUGUUGUAUUUAGAUGUUUUAGAAAUGAUGAAGAUGAUGAUUUAUGGACAUGGGAAGAAGAUAAAAUUGUCCUAGAACAGGCUAAAAAAUAUAGGGCUGGUAAUUGGGAUGGGAUGCCUGAUUAUUUUCAUCGAACACCUUUAGAAGCUAAAAAUAGAUUUUUUACAUUAUUUUGUAAAAGUUCUAUUGGUGGUUUAAUAGAGGGAGAAUUUGAAUGUAUUAAAUUUAAUGAUGAAACUGGAGAAAUAGAUUUUUCCAAAUAUCUUAGUGGUAGAAUAAAGCAAACUAUGAGAGAUAGAGAAAUUGAAGCAGAGUUAAUGGAAAAAGAGGGUGAUGAAGAAAAUGAAAAAGAAAUUGAUAUAAGACUUAAGAAAAAAGAAUUAAGUGAAAAAUGUAAUGGUUUGGCAAAUCUUUUAAAAGAAAAAAUGGCAACGAGAAAAGAAAAUUCUAAAAUUGUAGAUGAAAUGGCAUCAAUUCUUGAACCAUAUUGUGAAAAAAUUGAUCUCAGAGAAUAUUUUAUGAAGGAUAUGGAUGAUUAUGAUGAAGAGAAAGAUGUUGACUUUCAAUAUGAUGAAGAUGAGGACGAGGAUGAGGAUGAUGAAGAAGAAUGUGAAUAUACGGAUGAAGAAGGUUCUGACAAUGAAUUUAGUGAUACAAAUCAAAUGGAUGAUAUUGAUGAAAAAAGUGAUGGAAGAAAAGACAGUGUGGAUACAGGAGAAUCAGAUAGUAAUGAACAACCUGUUGCGAAGCGUCGUAGAGUUUCUGGAGAUGUUAAAAUUAUUUUAUUUGAGAAUAGGCAAAAAAAUGUCAAGGCUAAAGGUAUUCGAAAUAUAAGUAAUAAUGAUGACAACAUGGAAAUAGAUGGAGAAAUUGAACAUAAGGAUGAAAUAAAAACACCAUCUAGAUCAUCACCCAGAAUAAAUAGUGGUUCAUUUAACAAUUCUCUUACAUCUUUUUCAUUGCAAAAUGAACAAAUUGAAAAUAAAUUUAAAGAAGAAAUUUCAUCUUUAUCAUCAUGUACAUCAUCUGAUAGCAAAGAUGUUCGUCGAUCUCAACGUCUUAAUCGUAUUCCAGUGCCAGCUAAAACUGCAGCACGUUGUUAUUUAAGUUCAAGACCUUUUUUCCAUCUGAAAAAUACAACAGAUGUAGAUCCAGCAUUAACAUUGCAUAUCAAACCAGAAGAUGCUGCUGUCUUAAAAUAUCACCCAUAUCGCGAUGAUUAUGAUAUGCGUUAUAUAAAUGAAUUAGAAAAACGAAGUUAUAAAUAUUUUAGUGUUGUUGGUGAUAUGACUGGUAGUUAUGAAUCAUUUGCAGCAUCUGAUAUAAAUUUUUAUAGAUGUUUACGUGCCUGGAGAAGAAGAAUAGAAGUUCAUUCAAUUAUACGGGAACAUGAUUUAAUAAAUAAAUUUAUUCAAAAACAGACUGAUGAAAAAGUUGGUAGAAGAAAAUAUAUAAGAAAUCACAAAGAAACAAUAAGAGGUAUAUUUGAUGAAGAAAAAUAUGAAGAAUAUCUUCAUGAAUUUCUAUCUUUUUGCUUUCAAAUUUUAAGUGGACCACAAUUUAAUAAUUUAUGUCGUUUAUUAGCCCGUACUGAACAUAUAAUGGAUGAAAUAAAGGCGUUAGAACCUUUACAUGAAUCUGGUAUUACAGAGUUACCACAUACAGCAGAAGAAGGAGAUGAAGAAGUACCUAAAAAAAUAAGAAGAAAAAAGAAAAAACGUAUUGUGUAUCAAAAAAGUCCAAAUAAAGCAAGGCAAUGGACAUUUUUGCAAAGAAUGGCAAAACCUCUUGCCGGAGAAUAA